CGAAGGAUAUAGAUCAAGAGUUCGUUGAGAAGUUGAAAGAGCUCGCAGGACGAGUGUGUCGAGAGAGGUUCCGGGAGUGUUUUUGGAGCACCGGGUCGAAGGCAGUUUUAUUUUUGGAGCAAGUAUCCGUGCCGGUAGUUUGGCUUCUACCUGGUAGAUAACGCUAGCAGCUGUCUGGCGGAAAUCGAUUGCUAUACAGAGUAUUUUUAAAAAGCAGAACCCCCACUCGGUCAAGCAACUUUUCUCGAAAAGUGCAACCGGGGAUCCGUUGAACUUUAUCGAACGACACAUCGACGUCGAGGCCGAGGUGAUUCCGCGGGCUUCGGGACCAAGCGGAGAAAAGUUGUGGCCGAUCGCGCGAAACGAGGUGUAUAGAUUGCGAGUCCUUGAAAAUAAAGUAGCUGCGAUGACAGCGGCACGUGUCAUGGCGAAUAGCGUUGUCAUAAACGAAAGUCGCGUAGCUUGAACCGUUCCCGGGGCAAUCGAGACCGUUGAUCAAUUACAAUAGCCGAAAUGAGGGAGGAGACGGUGUUGAGCUUGAAGUGGCACAGUUUCCCGUCCCAUUUAGCGGUUUCCCUAGACACAUGCUACGAGAAGCAACAGUUUGUAGACCUUUCUCUGGUGUGCAAAGACGGGACGAUCCUGAAGUGUCACAAAAUGGUGUUAGCUAACUCGAGCUCGUUCUUCCGGCGUCUGCUAGUCGCGAACGAUCAUCCCCAUCCGAUGAUCAUCCUACACGACAUCGAGGCCGACGACCUCAAGACUAUCGUUAACUUCAUGUACUGCGGUGAGAUACAAGUGGUGCAGAGUGAGGUUAGACGAUUGUUGAAGCUCGCUGAGAUUCUGGAGGUGACUGGGCUCAGGCACAUCCAGACCAAGGUCUUAGGAGGAGAGACCAACAACACCUCGCACGACACCACCAGGAAAACGACCACGGUUUCUCGGUUAAAGAUCGAGGAGCCGAAAGGAUUGACCACCAAAACUCUACCAGAACAUGAACCAAAUAAUACUAGACCUCAGGUUAAACAAAAUUGUCCGAUCACCAGGACUGUUUCAUCUGGCCACCCUCAUAAGGCUGGAGCUAAACCUGUUCAAGAGAUCAUCAAGAAGAAUGAAGAGACUACGGUGAAUGUAUUGAGUCAACGAUUGGAGACGGGUAAAUCUGGUAUCAGUAUUGUAGAUGCGAACGAUAUGCCGAGCACCAGCAGAGGACUUCACAAUCCUCCACCUCAGAAGAGAAAGGAACCUUCUGAGCCUGUUAUCAGUUGGCCUAGAAUACUGUCUGCUAUAUCCAAGGACAAGCCCUUGCCAUUGAAAAAGUUGUGUAUUAUGGACGAAGUUGAGAUCACUGCUGGGAAACCUCCUACGGUUCCUCAAGAUACCAAGAGAAUCGAGCCAUUGGAUAGGAGAAAACAGGGGACUAAUUCUGAGGCUAUUCAGACCAUGAAAUGUGCAGUGUACAUAAAAGAUGAAGUAGAUAUAUCUCCUGAACUGGACGAAGACGAAGACAUGGAUCCCCUGGAAGUUGAAGAGCUCGAAAACGAAGGUCCAGAGGACAUUGUAGGGCCCUCCCAAAGGUUUUCUUACACAAACAUCGAUCAAACAUAUAACACAGGCCCCCUCCCAGAAUUUCCACCGAGAAAGGGGUCCAAUGGUUAACAAAUACAGCAACACGUUACCAAA